AUGUCUCCGUCGUUGACACUCCUCGCCAUCCUCCUAUCUUCCAUCAUGAUCCACCAGCUUCCAUUGGCAAGCUCCACACAAUGGUGUAUAGCAACUCCGACGGCGACGGAGAAGCAGCUAGAAUAUAAUCUCGGUUUUGCAUGCGCUAAUUCAGUUGACUGUAGACCAAUCUUCCCAAGCGGACCCUGUUAUAAUCCCAAUACUCGCCUAAGCCAUGCCUCAUUUGUCAUGAACUCUUAUUACCAAACCCAUGGCCGCACCGACUACGCAUGCAAAUUCUUUUUCCCUAAUAGCAGCAUGAUCACUACUACAAACCCUAGCUAUGGGGCUUGUGUCUAUUUAUCUUGA